UCUGCUUUAGCUUGUGUCGUUACUUGUUUGGGCUGCCAAGUUUACCGAGCCCUCGGUGUCAGGACCACCGGGUCCGUGACACAGGGCAGAACCGGACGACGUGUUGAUGUUUUUUUUUUGUUAUCCUGUCAGCUUGUGGGUGUCAGCUUGAAAAAGGGGGAGACCUCUCGCCUAUACACACACACACACACACAUGCCGAGCUGACGUCGACUGCGCCGCGUCCGGUUUCUGUGGUUGUUCCUGCGGAGUGGAGGAGAAAAAAAUCGUGGCGUUCGUGAUCCGUGCUGUGAGGAGUAAAAUGUGAGGAAAUGCUCGGCAGGGGCGGAUGAGAGAGGGGAAAAAAAGGGGAGGCACCUGUGAGGCGGAACAGCCCAGCCUACCGCGGCGUCAAGUUUGCGUUAAUCGCGGCGCGGUUACAGUUUCAGACAUAUUUGUCAAGCGCAGGAGUCAUCAUCGGAUCAGCUCCAACCUCCUCUUGCUCCGAGCCAAAUUAUGACAGCGUGUUGUUGUCACAGACUUAACCUGUGAGGUGAUUUGUGACUUUCCUUUUCUCUGACGCUCCGUGCACCUGCAUGUACUGUGAGCAGCCCCGGCCUGUUGGAGAGGCGCUGUGCUCAGUGACUGUGCUGCACUAGGGGAACCCAUGGCUACUGGCCAUCCAUCUCCCUCCGUAGGCCGCAGGUUCAGGCUGCUGGAGUUGCUGCUUGUGCCUCUGUUGGUGUUGCUGUUUUGUGGACCGGUACAAGGUCAGAAGGUCUACACCAACACAUGGGCUGUCCACAUACCUGGAGGUCAGGAGGAGGCUGAUCAAAUUGCUAGCAAACAUGGAUUCAUCAACUAUGGACACGUAUUUGGCGAUUAUUAUCACUUCCGGCAUCGCACAGUGGUGAAGAGAUCACUGUCGGAUCACAGGGGGACGCACAUCCGUCUACUAAAAGAUCCCCAGGUGACCUGGGCAGAGCAACAGGUGGUAAAACGGAGGAAAAAGAGGGAUGUUUUUGAAGAGCCUUUAGAUCCCAAGUUCAGAGACCAGUGGUACCUGUACAACAGCAACCACCAUGACUUGAAUGCUAAAGCUGCAUGGCAGUUGGGCUACACAGGUAAAGGUGUGGUGGUGUCAAUCUUGGAUGAUGGAAUCGAGAAGAACCAUCCUGACCUGAUGCAGAACUAUGACCCGGAUGCCAGCUACGAUGUGAACGAUGGUGAUCCAGAUCCCCAGCCUCGAUACACACAGCUUAAUGACAACAGGCAUGGGACCCGAUGUGCAGGAGAAGUGGCGGCAGUUGCCAGCAAUGGGAUCUGUGGCGUCGGUGUGGCUUACAACGCAAAGAUCGGAGGUGUGCGAAUGCUGGAUGGUGAGGUGACUGACAUGGUGGAGGCACAGUCUCUCAGUCUGAAUCCCCAGCACAUCGACAUCUACAGCGCCAGUUGGGGUCCGGAGGACGACGGCAAAACUGUCGAUGGACCGGCCAAACUCGCCAAAGAAGCUUUUAUGCGUGGAGUUACAGAGGGACGCAAUGGUUUAGGCUCCAUCUUUGUGUGGGCUUCUGGUAAUGGAGGACGGGAGAAGGACAGCUGCAAUUGUGACGGCUACACCAACAGCAUCUACACGCUGUCCAUCAGCAGCUCCACACAGAACGGCAAUGUCCCCUGGUACAGCGAGGCUUGCUCUUCCACCCUUGCGACCACCUACAGCUCGGGAAAUCUAAACGAGAAGCAGAUAGUGACUACAGAUCUCAAAUCAAAAUGCACGGACUCUCACACAGGCACCUCUGCCUCUGCUCCGCUGGCUGCUGGGAUCAUCGCUCUUGCCCUUGAGGCCAAUAAAAACCUGACCUGGAGGGACAUGCAACAUCUGGUUGUACGAACUUCUCAACCUGCCCACCUGCUUACCAAUGACUGGAGAACCAAUGGAGUCGGGCGCAAAGUCAGCCACUCGUACGGAUAUGGUCUACUUGAUGCCGGUGGUAUCGUGUCCAUGGCAAAAACGUGGACCAAUGUGGGACCACAACGAAAAUGCGUCAUCACCAUGGUCAGCGAGCCAAGGAACAUUGGCAGCCAUUUAUAUAUUAACAAGAGUGUGGACGGCUGCAUGGGGACAGACAGUCAUGUGACCUCAUUAGAGCACGUCCAGGCCCGGCUCACUCUGUCCUACAACCGGAGGGGAAACCUGGCAAUCCACCUCAUUAGUCCUGCUGGCACACGCUCCACACUGCUUCACCCCAGGCCUCAUGACUACUCAUCAGAGGGGUUUAAUGACUGGGCUUUCAUGACCACCCACUCUUGGGAUGAGGACCCUACUGGGGCGUGGAUGCUUGAAAUUGAGAAUGUGGCGGGUGCCAGUGACUAUGGCACUCUGACCCAGUUCAUCCUGGUGCUGUAUGGCACUGGCUCAACAACUUCCAGCUCCUCUGAAAAGUCUCAGCCUGGCAAUGACAGCUGCAAGACGUUGGAUCUGAGGCAGAUAUGCAUUGAGUGCAAUGCAGGCUACUACCUCUUUCAGCAGGGCUGUGUGAAAGAAUGUCCAGCAGGCUUCUCGGUGGGCUCCCAGCCUCUCAACUACACAGUGGGAAACUUUAUGGAACCAGCUUCCGUCCCAGCCUGCCUGCCCUGCCCACAGCCCUGCCUCACCUGCAGCAGCCUCAGCCCUCGGUCCUGUCUGUCCUGCCCCCUGCACAGCUCCCUGGACCCCAACUCUGGCACCUGCCUGCAUCUUAACCAGUACAUGCGCGAGUCCCCUGAUAGCUUCAUGGUAGGGCCAGGUAACCAGAGAUCGCAGCUAGAGUCAGGCUCCCGGCUCCCCAUAACCAUUGCUGUGCUCAGCUGCAUGGCCAUCAUCGCCACCUUCGCUGUCAUCUUCCUGAUGCUGCAGCUGCACUCCGGCGCGCUCAUCAAGUUGCCCUCUCUGGAGGCUGGCGGUGGUCUCGGGGGCACCUUCAGUCUCGGCGGAAAUAGGGUGGUGUCGUACCGUGGCAUCCCAACAAUGUGGGGGGAGGAAGGGGUAAAUACAGACUCGGACAACGAAGAGUUUGACGUCCAAAAUGAGAGGACUGCCUUUAUCAAAACACAAAGUGCUCUUUAAUGCCUCCUCCACGUCCCUCCUUCUCUCCUGCUUUUAAAAUCCUCACACCACCAUUUGUCUGAUAAUUCAGGGCUGUGGUAACUGUCUCCUCUCACAGUCUUUUUCUGGUUUAAUCUCCAGUUCAUUUUCUUUUUCUGUCCUAUCGGAUUCUCAUCUGAGUUCUGUUUCGGGAUCUGGUUGCUCCGCUGUGCUGUGGGAGACCUGAUGGGAAGCUGCUGUCUCUCAGAGCUCGGGAUGGCCUGAGCUUUGCUCUGUUCACACUUGGGCGCUUUUCUAUUAAACUGGCUCUCUCCCUCCCCUUGCCCUCAAUCACUAACAGUGUCUGUCUGUGCAGAGUCCAUUUUCCCCUCCAGCUCCUUUUUGUUACAGUAAACAAAUGAUUAUUAUUUGCUUUCUUCCUCUUUUUUUCUCCUCCCACUGUGUCCUUUAGUCUCAGUGCAGUAGCCAGAUGAGAUUGCGUGUAUGUGUGUGUGUCUGUGCAUGUAUGCGUGUGCAUCUCUAAAUCAUUGUGUGAAUGUGAGCGUGUAAAUCUAAUGAACAGUGAACAGUGCAGAGAAGCUUAAGCGGGUCCUGUCAUAUUUAGUGCUUUAACUAAAACGUGAUGGCCAAAAAUUGUAUUAUGAACCAUGAAAUCCAAUUUGAAAAUAUUUAUUCUCUCUGAAGUGUCAUUUAAUGACCUCGCUGUCUAUAAUCUGUUGACAAAUACAAUGCUCUCUAGUAAUUUACAUUUUUAAAGUGCAUUUUCAAGAUCAAACAAAUCUAAAGCGUAGCAGUUGAUGAGAAAAUAUCCAGACUUUAGUGGUUUAUAAUCCAUCAGCAGUCAGACGUACAAAGCAGACCUUUCAGGAUAUGCCAUCUCUGCAGUGUCUCUCUCUAUGACAGGACAAUUGCAGUAUCUACUGAAGAUACAAUCCUUAUUUCAUGCAGUCACUUUUAAGCCAGUACAGUUAUUGUUCCUGUUAUGUGAAAAGGUUUCUCCCAGCUCUGAAAGAACAAACUGUGAGUCAUUCAGCGAGCAAAGCCUCCUUCAGCCUUUUGGGAUUCCAGCUGAACUUAUUCCUGUUUUGGAAGCUAUAAAUUCUCCUGUGCUCAUAACCUCCCCCAACCAUUACAUGGAAGGGUAUCAAAACAAAAAAGAAAAAGGAAAUUAUAAGAAAAACAAAACACACGCACACACACACACACACACACAAAAACUUGCGGGCUAUUCAAUCAACCCUGAGGCAUAAUCCCUGCCAGGGAUAUUUAAUUUCUGUGUCUGAAGUGCUUACAUCCUGGGGCUGUGGGAGAAGAUGCAGGGCUGCUUAGAGAACCCAAAACAAUGUGUGACUUGAGCGCAAAAGCUUCUCAAAGCAGCUGGAAGGUGUUGACUGACUUGUGACUGAUUUCUUGACAGAGCUGUAACAAUAUACCGGCUCUCCUCUCAUCACAUCAGCACUACAAACACACUGCAUAUCUUAACGAGUGAAAGUUGCUUUGUGUGUGGGAGAGUGUGAGUGAGUGUUAGUUUAUUGCAUAUGAGGUUCAGGAAUGUUUAUCUGCCCUCUGAAGUGAAGAUUUCCUUCCUCCAUCCUUCCAGUCUCUGCUUUCUUCUUCGAAUUUCAGAUAUUGUUUAAAAAUCCUGCAGCGAGACUCCACGUCUCAUCAGCAUCUCUGCACUUACCCUCCAGUCUGCAUCUAAUCUGAAUUUCAGAUGAUGUCUUUAGUGUACUUGCCAAUUAAUUAUAUUCUGAAUAAUACUGCAGCAAACUAUUUAUUCUGAGAGAUUUUAUUCAUUCCUUUAGGGAAAAUUGCUUAAGGUUUUUUUUCUUCUUCUUCGCCCCCCUCCUCCUUCUGCUUCUUCUUCUUUCCCUCCCUGGCUGGUCAUCUGAAAUUUGCAUCUCAUUAUUUAAUCCAGUGUAGCCAUUUUGAUUCCAGUGAUCUUUUUUUUGUUAUGUUGAAAUUAUGAUUUUCAAAAUCAGUGGAGCUUGCUGAGAGAGGUUGUCAUGGUGAUGACAUGCAUUGGCGACUGCAGCUGCUCGUCCUUUUAUCUACCUCUCAUAUCAUUCAGCAAGGUUUCGUACGCCGUUUUGAGGAGCUGAUAAAUGAUCAUAGAGGUCAGAUUAUAUGUAGGUUAGAUAUGAAAUCGCUUCUGGGAAAUGGUAAUUUAAAUUUUUUUUUUGUUUUUAAGGACUGUAGGUUUGUAUGUCACAUUUAUGUUUUAGAGGAGAAACAAGCAAUUGCAAUUCAGAAACUGUAAAGCUGCUCCCCUGGAACUCCUAUCUGUCCUAAAAAUUUAUUGCCUUUAGGAUCAGCAUUCAUGUGCAGACACACCUGGGUGUUAAAGCCUCUUACUCAAAGAGGCUGGGUAGGAGAAUUGCUCUUACAUCUUGUUGGCCAGCAUUUAAGUGCUAAAUCAACCUGAGAUUGCUGGGGGCGUUUGUUUUCUUCAUCUUUACCCAGGCAUCUCCUCCUGGGAUUUCAGACCUUAUUUUAUUCUUUUUAAGUUUCUGUCACUGACAAUCAAUUCCUUUGUUUGUUUGUUUUCUUUUGGGGUGGGAGGGGGGCAAGGUGCAGAAGCACACAAACAAAUGGAUUUUAACUUUUAAUUUAACCGCCUCACUAGAAAGGCCUCCACAGAAAAUGUUAUUCACUGUAUGCAGAUCAUUUAAAUUGCAGAUUUAGAAAUCAAGUCUUAUUUGGAAAAAAGAAAUUCUCCAAAGGCAAAAGAAUAAAGAUUUUGAUUACCAAUACCUGCCAAAAAUCCUCUUGAAAAGAAUGGAGGAAGAUUGGUAUGCAUGCUUUCAAACACAGCGCUCAGCCAGGAAGUGUAAUUCAUCUCGAAUGGCUGGUGCAGGUGUAACACAUUUGGCUUACUGUGCCCGCUUCUGGAUCAGAAGCCAAACUGAAAAUGAGGAUUUGGAGAAAAUGCCCCUAAAAGGAACAAAGCUAAUGUGGCAGGCUUGUUCUGCAGGGGUCUGUGGGUUGUACAUUAGUGCCUACUGCCAUUUAGGCUUUGAUUAGUUCCACUUUGAGGAGGGUGCUAAUUUAAAAAUGUAAUAACUCCAGCUUCAGACUUGAGCCACCAAAUCUUAUUGACUUCCCAGCAUGCUGCGAAGUGUGUAAACAACAGAUAAUGGGCUAAUGCAGAAACAAAAUUGCUUCCAUAAACCGUUUUUCUUAAACUCUGGAUGCAUCUUUUGAAGAAGUCUAACAUGGGACUUCAACCAAUGCGUUCCAAUUACUGUGGGCUAAUUGAUUCCUGGUCUAGUCAAGAUUAUGCACUGUGCAUUUUCCUUUGGACUUGUAUUGCUUCCAGGAAAAGUGGUUUUGUUUUUUGUUUUUUCUUCUUAAAAAUCCAACACUGCGGGGUGUUCAGACAGGUUUCUGUGGCCCCUCAAGUGCGCACACGAAAUGAUUUAUUCAUCUUGGCUUGAUGUUGUAUUCACUGCAGCUUGAAAACUUAAAAAUAAUAAUAAUAAAAAAAAAAAGUAAAAAAAGUAAAAAUAAAAAUCAGAUGAUCUCAGAGCGCUGCGCAAUCGGGUGUUAAACUUGGGAAAUCCAUGAAUGCAGGCAGAAUUAAGUAGCUUCUGCUUCCGAAGCGCUGGAGCUGCAGAAAGCCAUCGGCAGCCAGCUGAUUCUUUUAACAGUGAGAAUACGAUAAAAACCCCACACACUAAAAUAAGACGAGUGCCAGAAAGCAGCUCGUAGCUAAAAAGCCCUACCACUUUACUGGCAGCGCCAACGUAUGGAGCUCUUAAAUGUAGAAGGGAAAAAAGCACUGCAUGUUGCAAAACAUCUGCCCUGGUUAUAAAGAGAAGACUCCCUCAUUGCUGCCAUGAAGGCUCGUCUUUACAUCGCUGAUUUAAGUCAUGUGGAGCUCGACGUUGCGCCCGUCCUGCUUUAGGAUGUAGUCUAACGUGAGAUUAAUAUGAAGUCGGAUGAAGUUAAUAGGAGCAAUAUCUUUGGCAUAACCAAAGACAAUCAUUUUAAUGCUGUCUGUUUAGUAUGAAUAUGUGUUGCUUUCAGGUUGUCACAGUCCAUCGACCCUUCGCUUGUGUUCAGAGUGUUUUUAUUGAAACCAUUCAGUCACCUCUGCCUUUUUUUUCUUUUUGUUGUCGUUUUUGACGAUCUGCGACGACACCUUGUAUGUUCAGCAGCUGCGGAGGGAGGAGGUAGAAUGUAUCCCAUCGCCAUUAACUUAAGGGCUGAAUCAGACCUGAGUGCGUCCGUGUGUGCACACGCUUGUUAAAGUAGAAAGGAAACACUUUGUGAUGGAGGAGCGGUCAGUGGAGCAGCCUCAGUCGACUCCGUUGACCUCCUCCCGCCUCUUCGUGAGGUUCCUGACCUGUGGCUGCACACAGUACCUUACAGAUACGUGUGACCUAUGGUAAUGUACAAGAAUGAAUAUCCUACAUGGAACAUAACUCUAAAAUAAGGCCUAUUUUUGUACUAUAUGAAAGGUGCAGUGUAACUUUCUUGUAAUUUAAGGAUUUUUUUUUUUGCUCUUGUUUUCUCCUUUUUAUUUAAUUGAUGUCAAUUAUAGAUUAUACUAAAAAUAAAGAUCUAUGCAAAUUUGAA